CAGGUCAACGAUGCACCACAUCUUGCGCCUUCUUCCGGUGCUCUUCGUGCUCUGUCAACAUGCAAGUGCCGUCAUUCCAGCGGGAAUCCUAAGAGUGUCUACCGAUGCUAACAACGUGACAGACAUGCUCGUGGCGCCGAGCUCCCAAUCGGGAUGGGGGCCUCAUUUGCCGAAGAACGCUUCCAAUCCAGUGCAUCUUGUUCAACUCACCACGGAUGGAUGCUCGGCUUUGCCAUCGACAUACAAAGGAACGUAUGUGGUAGUGAACCGAGGCAACUGCUCUUUCUUGGACAAAGCAAUCCAUGCAUCCAACGCGGGUGCUGCCGGUUUAAUCAUUCGAAAUACUCGUGAGACCGUGUACGUUGUCGACCGGAACCGCACAGCUUCCGGUGGAUACAGCAACUUGUCCGACGCAUCAUCGACCCCCCCAAUGUCCUUCGCAACCGAUUGCCUCCAUGGAGAGUCGUACCUUCCAAAUUUGCAUCCCACACAGCCUUGGCUAGUCCCUGACGAUUCCACAUGUGCGCAAGACCCUCGAUGUGUGUCUCACAUCUGCCUUCCAACUGGCUUCCAGUCGCACAGCCUUGGCUUCCAAGUGUGCUGCAUGUGGGAUACGCAUUUGCUGAUGGGGGUCAACGCCACCCUCCUCAAGAACGCGUCGUUGUCUCUUCCAGUCGUGUUUACGACUGUCGGUGAAGGCGAGAACCUCACACGCCUCCUUGAAACUUCACCAACGCAUCUUCAAGGAACGCUUUUCCAGCGCCCCGUCCCUCUUGUUGACGUAGCGUCCAUCGUGCUGUGGGCGCUUGGUAUCAUUACGGCCAUCGGGGGUGCUUACUACGCGGCUUCCAUGGAGCGGCAAAAUACAUUGAACUCCAAGUCGCACGCACAUGCCGACGAUGACUGCCGUGAACAUGACGAAGAUGAUGACGUUCUCGACGUGUCGUUUCGCCAUGCAGUCGCAUUCAUCCUGUUUGCAGGGCUAUUCCUGACCUUUCUCUACUUCGUCCACGUCGGUCCACUGCUCUCGAUCAUGUUUGGCCUGUCGACCCUCUCGACCUUUACCAUCCUUGUGACCCAGCCUAUCUUUCGCACGCUGCUGUGCUGUCUUCGCCGCCGCUAUGUCCUUCGUUGUCCAUCCAUAAUUGGCCCUUUGCCGAUCCCCGACGUCGUCGCCGCUGCCACCACCACGGCGCUUGUCGUGAUGUGGUACCUCGAUCGUUCGGAGUUUUGGUUCCUUCAGGACGCCUUCGGCAUCGCCCUCUGCUUUGUGUUCCUUCGGACCAUUCGCCUCCCAACCCUCCAAGUGGCGUCGGUUUUACUCGUACUUGCCUUCUUCUACGACAUCUUCUUCGUCUUUGUCACGCCGCUCAUUUUUGGACGAUCUGUCAUGGUUGAUGUCGCGACGGGUGGACAGAGUGCCAGUUCCAAAGCGGGAUAUCCCGGUGUGGACUUUUGCGAACGGUACCCGUCGUUGAAGGCGUGUCUAGACCCUGAACCACUCCCAAUGCUAUUGCUAUUCCCGAGAUUGCACGACUGGCGCGGCGGACAAGCCAUGCUUGGCCUAGGCGACAUCGUGCUACCCGGCCUCUUGCUCAGCUUUGCACUACGCUUCGACUACUCCCGCGAAGUGCAGUACAAGCGAACGGAUGUAGUCGUUCACAGGUAUUACGCUGUUACCUGCGUCGGCUAUUGCGUCGGUCUCUUUGCUGCCAACCUCGCCGUUUUGUACAUGGAGAUGGGGCAGCCGGCCUUGUUGUACCUAGUGCCAUGCACUCUUGGCGGCAUCGCCAUCGCGGCAUCCCUCUCUGGAGACCUACACCAGAUGUGGCAUUUCGGACCGUAUCCUGUGCAUCCAAUGGCCCCGACGCAGCGCACACCUAUGGACGUCGAAGGUGGUGAACAGGCGCCAUUUCUUUGAAAGACUUGAUAUACCUUGUAUACAAUCUUCAAGGUGUUUUAUAAGCCAAUAUGAUUGGGUAAAAUGUGGAAAUAGAGGGACAGGAUUG